GGAAGGGAGGAGGGGAGGAAGAGGACACACGCGGAGGGGACGGUCAGCAGUGAGAAGAGCAGGUCAGGCAUCAGCCAGCACAGGUCACUCCACACUUGGGCUUCCACAAACUGACCUGAGAUAGUUUGCAGCACUUUUGUCACGUGACCAACUAUCCACUGAACUCGGGGCCAUGAGAGCGGCGCAGUUUUUUUUCUGCCUGCUCCUUCUGCACGCUCAGAGAAGCAGCCCUGCUCUCGCCAGAUAUGACGAGGACACCAUAAGAGGCGCGCCGGCCGUCGACGCCAUGAACACCGUCGGGGCUUCGAACUCGGUGCUCGGCUCGGAGCAUCGCCCCUUUCUCCGGCAGGAGCGUGCACCGCGCCUGUCGGCCCAGGUGCCCAAGAGAGCCCAGCAGGGGUCACGCUUUGCUCUGUCCCUGGACGUGCCCACCAGCAUCCUCAGUGUCCUCAUAGACCUGGCCAAGAACCAGGACUUGAGGACCAAAGCGGCGGCCAACGCGGAACUGAUGGCACGGAUUGGCAAAUAACGGAUAAAGGACAAUGGCGGACAAUGUUAGCCCAGCUAGAAGCCAUUAUUAUCUGCUUCACCUGGUCCUUCAUGUACGAUGACAUCACUUGUACCAGAUAAAGCUACUAUGUGA